AUGAGCAAACGAUAUGCCUUCGUCCCCAUGGACGAGGACGAGGUCGGCCCGCAGAAGGUAGAGAAGGAAAAGAAGUCGAAACACCGCCAUCGAUCGCGCCGUGAUCGAAGUCGAAGUCGCAGUCGCUCGCCACGCAGAGAAUCGCAUAAGCCCAAGUCCAAGACCGUACGGAGGCAGGGUCAAGGGGACGAUAAUGAUCGGUGGGGCGACGAGGAGCCAGAACCCGAGCGCUCAGCAUCACCCGACGCGCGCCUAGAAGAGCCCGAAUUCCGAGAAUCAGCUUCGAAGCGAGUGAAGCUGAGCCACGACGACCGCGCCGAAGAUGACGAGGGUGCCGAAUCCGACACCGCUCGCGAUAGAGCUGAGAGGGAAGCUUUCUCCAAACGAUUGAAGGAACGCGACGAAGGGAAGUCGAAGAAGCCCGAGGGUAGUAAAGCCGAGAGGGAACGCCAACGGCUGGCCGAGGACCUGGCCUCAAGCCGUGCUGCCAUGCCCGACCUCCGGGAGCGGUCGCGACAAGAUUAUUUGAAGAAACGAGAAGCAGAACGCCUCGCUCUGUUGCGCAAGCAGGUCGCCGAAGAGACAUCAGAGCUGCGAAGCGGCGUGCGCCUGUCCGAGCGCGAAAAGGCCGAAUUUGCCAAGAACCGAGAAGUCUUACGACUCGCCGAAGAGAGGUUGCGAAUCGACGACCAUCGAGAUGGGUACUAUAUGCCAGAGGACUAUAUCACAGAGAAGGGGAAAAUCGACAAAAAGAGGAAAGAAGACGCCCUGUACAAGCGCUACGUCGAGAGAGACGAGUAUGGCCAGGAGAAAUUCGUCACCGAACACGAGGAAUGGGAGAAAGAGCAGACACAAAAGGCGAAAUCCCAGAUUAACCGGGCAGAAAGAGAAGAUGAGGGAGAAUAUGCUCCGGUGCUGGACCCCGACCAGUACAUCCAGUGGAAUUUGGGAUCAACAUUAGCUGGCGAGGGAAAGCAAUUGACCAAGGAACAGAGGUUUCUUGAGGCCCAGAUUGAAGCUGCCGAGAAGGCUGCCUUGUCCAUUCAGGAGACCCGCAAGAGUCUUCCCAUCUUCAAAUAUCGGGACGAGUUCAUUGCGGCUAUCGAGCAGUAUCAGAUUCUUGUUCUCGUCGGUGAGACGGGGAGUGGUAAAACCACGCAACUACCACAAUAUCUUCACGAAGCGGGUUAUACGAAGGACGGUCGAAAGGUCGGCUGUACACAGCCACGGAGAGUUGCGGCCAUGAGUGUUGCCGCUCGCGUGGCGGAAGAGAUGGGUGUCAAGGUCGGUAACGAGGUUGGUUAUUCCAUCCGUUUCGAAGACUCUACCAGCGACAAAACAGUCCUGAAAUACAUGACAGACGGCAUGUUGUUGAGGGAGUUCAUGACGGAGCCCGACCUUGAUGGUUAUUCGGCAAUCAUGAUCGACGAGGCCCACGAACGGACGGUUCACACGGAUAUCCUGUUAGCGCUGGUAAAGGAUCUAGCAAGAGAACGGCCCGACUUGAAGUUACUCAUCUCUUCGGCAACGAUGAAUGCUGAGAAGUUCGCCAAAUACUUUGAUGAUGCGCCAAUUUUCAACAUUCCAGGACGACGCUACCCGGUUGAUAUUUACUAUACCCCAGCGCCGGAAGCCAACUACCUGACGGCAGCCAUCACUACCAUUUUCCAGAUACAUACCUCGCAAGGAAAGGGAGAUAUCUUGGUCUUCUUGACGGGUCAAGAUGAGAUCGAAGCAGCGGAACUGCAGCUCACCGAGACGUCGAGGAAGCUUGGAAACCGCGUGAAGGAGCUGAUCAUCUGUCCGAUUUACGCCAACCUUCCUUCAGAACUCCAGUCCAAGAUCUUUGAGCCUACUCCAGAAGGGGCUCGCAAGCUUGUGCUCGCCACGAACAUUGCCGAAACCAGUUUGACGAUUGACGGUAUCACGUAUGUGAUUGACCCCGGAUAUGUCAAGGAGAACGUCUUCAAUCCAGCGACAGGCAUGUCAAAUCUUGUAGUCGUCCCUUGUUCCCGAGCUUCUGCGAACCAGCGCAGUGGACGCGCCGGACGUGUUGGACCUGGUAAGUGUUUCCGCCUCUACACCAGGUACGCCUACAUGAACGAGAUGGAUGAAUCGACCACACCAGAGAUCCAACGAACAAAUCUCAAUGGCGUCGUCUUGCAAUUAAAGUCGCUAGGUAUCAACCAACUUCUGGAGUUCGAAUUCAUGGAUCCUCCACCCACCGAGUCACUCAUUGGAGCCUUGAACCAGCUCUUCGCCCUUCAGGCUCUCAACCACAAGGGCGAUCUUACAAAGGUGGGCAGGCAGAUGGCCGAGUUUCCCACAGAUCCCAUGCUGGCCAAAGCCGUGCUCGCCGCAGACAAGUUCGGGUGCGUUGAUGAAGUGCUUGCUAUUGUCUCGAUGCUUAGCGAAGCCUCUGCUCUGUUCUUCCGGCCGAAGGAUAAGAAGAUCCAUGCCGAUAGUGCUCGUGAUCGUUUCACCGUCAAGGAGGGAGGUGACCAUCUCUCUCUCCUCAACAUAUGGAAUUCCUGGGUUGAUAGUGACUUUUCCCCCGUUUGGUCGCGGGAGAACUUCCUGCAACAGCGGUCGCUGACCCGAGCCCGAGACGUCCGCGAUCAGCUUGCCAAACUGUGCGAGCGCGUCGAGGUGGCGCCUUCGACCUGCGGCGCAGCCAACAUCGAGCCGAUCAAGAAAGCCCUGACGGCCGGCUUCUUCCCCAACGCCGCCCGGCUGACGAGGGGUGGCGACAGCUACCGGACGCUCAAGAACAACGCGACCGUCUACAUCCACCCCAGCUCCGUGCUCAUGAAGUCGGACCCGCCCGAGAAGACGGUCAUCUACUUCGAGCUGGUGCUGACGACCAAGGAGUACAUGCGGAGCUGCCUGCCCAUCAAACCGCAGUGGUUGAAUGAGGUGGCGCCGCACUUCCACAAGAAGAAGGAUCUGGAUCAGCUCGAGGAGAAGAAAUUGCCCAAGAACACUGGUAGAUAA